UUGGAUAGAGAAUUGAAUGGGGGGAGUCCGCCCCCUUGCAAGCACAAGCGGAUUCGCGUGAUUGGAUCUUGUAUUUGAGCCAUAGAGAAAGUAAAAUUAUUUUACUUACUCUAUGAUUUGAGCCGAAACAGCGUAGAUCCUGUGGGUAAGAGAUAUGCUAGCCAUUCGGGAUGCCACCUAUGAGUCAGUGGAUGAAAGCUGAAUUCUCUGGCUGAAUGCAAUCUACCAUAAAUUCAAAUUAAAUGCCGUCAUUUACGUUAAGGUUAGAUGCGCUUUACCUUCCAAAAUAAACGAUGACAGCCAACAAUCCUGUUAAAUAAUUGAAGAAGUAUUGAUAAUUAACCUCGCUUUAAGGUUUGUUUUGAAGUGUUGUUUUCGAAAUGUCUUUAAAGUUUGGUGCUUUUUAAAGUGGGGAAAAACUCGAUUUUUUAUUGAACCUUUAAUCAGAAGCCGCGUUAGUGUAAUGUCGCUGUACGACGACUAUGAUACGGCUCAAGACAAAGUCCAAGGAUGGUCUUCUGGUAUCAGGCUACUUCAGUCACAGUUGCAGCUGAAAAAAGCUUCGGUAACUCAGCCGAAAAGAGACCAAGCACGCAAAGCUAGCUUAGCCCCCGUUAUCAACCUGAAAAGCAAGAAGGACGAUGAGGAACCACCGACUUUUGCAAAACCUGACAAUAGAUUGCCGAUACUUGGGGCAACCGGGAUCUAUUCCAAUGAAUUGGACUGGAAGGUAAUUGAUGAAUACGAUCCUCUUUGGCCGAAUGAGUAUGAAAAAGUGGUAAAAGAAAUACGGGACAAUCGAGAUAAAGAAAAUGACAGAGAUCGGGAUAAGGACCGAGACCGUGACCGAGAUAGGGACAGGAAAGACAAAAAGCGCAAAAGUAGAUUCAAUGAUCCCGAUGAUACUUUGCCGCGAACACUGGCGAUUGCCCCUCCAACACUUCAAAUGAGUCAACCUCCUGUUGCCAGUGGAUUUGCUGGCCGUUGGACUGCCGAGGAUGAAGAGGAAGAACGUCCCAAACCAGUGCGCCCAUCAGGAGGUGCAGCUAUUGCACCUCCUCCUAGUUUGCAAGAAUCGACUCCUGAUCCGUUGCCGAUCAUACCUAAUAAAGCGCAAGCAGCUGGAUAUGGUGGAUCAGUCGCAGCUAAAAUAAUGGCCAGGUAUGGUUUUAAGGAAGGACAAGGCUUAGGCAGAAUGGAACAGGGAAUGUCGAGUGCAUUGCAAGUUGAGAAAACAUCGAAAAGGGGCGGUCGCAUUGUUCACGAGAAAGACAUUAUGCCACCUCCACCUCCUCUGGAUAGUGCGGAUAGAAAAGACCCUCCUAUCACGGAAAUUGUGAAGAAUCCCAGCAAGGUGGUUUUGAUGAAAAACAUGGUCGGUCCAGGCGAGGUGGAUGAUGACCUGGAGCCUGAAGUGAAAGAUGAAUGCAACACCAAAUAUGGACCUGUCGCUAGCUGCAUUAUUCACGAAAUUCCCCAUGAUGAUCCUGAGGAGGCUGUCAGAAUUUUUGUAGAAUUUCAAAGAAUUGAAAGCGCCAUCAAGGCUGUUGUUGACCUUAAUGGCAGGUUCUUCGGUGGGCGGCAAGUUAAAGCCACGUUUUACGACACUGAGAAAUUCGAUAAUUUACAGCUAAUGGAUUAAUUGCGGUUUGAUUUAGUGAGCCCUCAAUAAUCCGGCCAAAUCCCAUUGCCCGUUUUUUCUGUAAGUUUAUUCGAAUAUUCCACACAACUAAUAAAAUCGCAGAUCGAUUCUAAUUAGAAAGGAAAUGAAAGAUUAGUAGAGGUACAUGAAAACAUAAAAAUGUACCUCUGCGUUCAAAAAACUCUUUCAGUACAAAAUUAUCAGUCUCUUUCCACAAGAAAAAUGCAUUUUCUGUUCCUCAUAUAUGUAUGUUUUGCAGUUUGUAUAUCCGACAUGGACAGGUUUUAAUAAUGUUUCUUGAAAAAUUAAAAUUGACUCGCAAACUUU